AACGUUCCACCAGAAUUAAUCUCUUUCUCUUAUUUCCUUCUUCUAUAAUAUUAUAAUAUCAAAUACAUUAAAAAUUUAUUACAUUUCAAACGAAUACAUUUAAUUUUGAUAACCUUUGAUAAUCAUAAAGCAAAUAAACAAAAAGUGAAUAAUAAGAGACAAAGAUCAAAGUUUUAUUAGAUAUAUAUAUUUAUCUCUGUUAUUCUUAUUAAUCUAAUGAGAGAAAGAAGUAAUGAAAAUAGUAAAGAAAAUUGAAGAUAAUAGUUUCAAAUAUGGAUUACAAACGAAAACUCUGUUUAUUCCCGUUUAAUGUACUACCUGUUUGGAUAUUAUUCCUUAAUUGGUUGACAUGGACCAGUUCAUUAAGCGAUGCUACUGCAGACAUUAAUUGUUGUCAAAAUGGUACAAAGUGGUUGGCAGGAAGAAAUUGCAGCGAUGGCAGUUACAUUAAUCUUCAAUGUACAGACGCAUUUUAUCAAAUUCAUUACGAAAACGAGAAAUUUAAUAUCACGAAAACUAGCAACGGAAUGAUACUGACAUUAAUUGAUGGUGAACCCCAAGAAAUAACGCAAAACAAUUUUUGUUUGUUAUCCACGGAUAAUGUUGAUAACCCAAAGGCGUUCAUUUGCUUCAAUGAUUCUUACAUGGGCGAAACACAUUUAUGGAAAAACGUAUUAUAUAUGGUACUCAGUAUGAUAUCGGCUAUAUUUUUAAUCUUAACAUUGAUUAUUUAUUUGAUACUUCCUGAACUUCGGGAAAUACAAGAUAAAGCGAUGAUGGGUGCAAUUUCUUCUUUGGCAACCAGUUAUAUUAUUCUUUGUAUCCAAUAUGUCAGAAAUAGCGAGUACAAUGAGGAUACAACUUUGUGUGUUACUUUAGCAUUCUUUCUGUAUUAUGCAUUCAUGAUUGCCUUCUUUUGGUUAAACAUCGUUGCGUUUAAUAUUUGGCGAACAGUCUGGUUCAAACAUUUUGUGAUCAAGGAUAGAAUACUGUUUCCAAUUUAUUGCGUAUUCGGAUUAUUCUUACCGUCUUGUUUUUUAUUGUCGGCACUUUUAACUCAUCAUAUUCAAGGAAAUCACUUGAAACCACAUUUUGGUGAAUUAAUAUGUUGGUUUAACGGAACAGAUGAAGUCUGGGUGUUUUUUUACGGUCCAAUAGCCAUACUAUUGACACUGAAUGUUAUCUAUUUGGGUCUGACCAGUUGGAGAUUAUGGCACGAAUAUCGUGAAUAUAAUGGAAAUAAACUACGAGCAUUAAGAUUUAAAUGUUUGCUUUAUAUGAAGCUCAUGCUUGUUAUGGGUAUAACAUGGAUAUUUGAGAUAUUAUCAUAUGCUAUCGGUACAACGGGGUGGUACUGGGUACCAACGGAUAUUCUAAACUCAUUGCAAGGCUUUAUAAUAUUUCUUCUUUUGGUUGUAUCGCGAAAAAGAGUGAGGAAACUUUUGGCGAAAAAGAAACCUUGCGGUAUUGUUUUCCCUAAAUCUUGGACAGCCUACGAAGAUGAGGAAUGUGAAGUUGUGUUACCAGAAGAAUUGGAAUUGUCUCAACAGGGCUAGGAUAUUUAUUCAUCCAUUCAUUCAUUCAUUCAUUUAUUCGUUCAUUCAUCUUCAUUAUAACUUUUUGAAAAUUGUUAAAA